AGCUCACCAUCUUCCAUCUCCUUACUUCCAGGCGUAGCCUGUCGUUAAGAGUGCAUGGGAAAGGGGUGAUAGGGGGGGAAGUUAUAUUGCUUUUUAUAUAGCCUACUCGGAGAUGAAGAGGAUAGCCCGGAAUUUGACAACUCAGGAAAUUCUGCGCUGAAGACUGGGUUCGUCCUGGAGAUUAAAUCCUUCAACGGGAGGAGAGAAGGGCAUCGACUGGUCCAGCAUCCCACAGCCAGCCGUCAUUUUCCAGGCUGAGGCAGCUAGCAGCCUAUCUUGGCUUGGCUAGAAAUAUUGUGACAGCUUCUCGAAACGACGAUUCUACAUACCAAGCUUUCUAUUCACAGUAACCGAUGAAGCCUAAAAACGAUUUGUAGAGCUCCGUUUUUGAGAACAUUAGACCCACAUCUCUCUAAGAUCCCGUUAAUCGAUCGCAUGUGGACACCGGAUGCAAUUAAAGAGCGGUAGAUCGGUAAAUACUAGCAUUUGAUAUAUUUUGAUACAUAUUGCGGGUUAUUGAAAAGGCUGUCGGUCACGCUCACACUGCCAACUUGGACUGUACAUGGAAGCACGUCGCAGCCUUGCUUGUUUUGCACGUCGAAGCCUUAUCCUGCUCGAGCUGUUCUAGGUUUAGAUACAUAAUUUGAAAAACGUCUUGGUCUUGACUUUAUCGCACACAUCAUCAGGGCCUCGUCAGCUGGAACUUGAGAUAAAGUUCUGGAAUAUACUUUAUUGCAGGGGGACAACAUAGCUGUUUAAUUCGUUGAGCAUCGACGUUCCAGUGAAAAGAUGUCGGGGCAGACUCUGACGGAUCGCAUCGCCGCGGCGCAGUACAGCUUAACAGGGUCGGAAGUGGCCAGAGCAUGCUGCAAAGCUACCACCCACGAGGUGAUGGCUCCGAAGAAGAAACACCUGGAAUAUCUGAUCCAGGCGACGCAGGAGUCCAACGUUAACAUCCCACAGAUGGCCGACACGCUCUUCGAGAGGGCCGGCAAUGCCAGCUGGGUUGUGGUCUUCAAGGCCCUAUCAACCACGCAUCACCUGAUGGUCCAUGGCAACGAGAGGUUCAUCCAGUUCCUGGCCUCCAGAAACACUCUUUUCAACCUCAGUAACUUCCUGGACAAGACCGGUUCGCAGGGGUACGACAUGUCAACCUUCAUCAGACGCUACAGCAGGUACCUGAAUGAGAAGGCCUUCGCCUACAGACAGAUGGCUUUCGACUUCGUCAGAGUGAAGAAAGGGGCUGAGGGUGUCAUGAGAACAAUGUCCCCAGACAAGCUGUUGAAAGGAAUGCCCACCUUGCAGAGUCAGAUCGACGCCCUGCUGGAGUUUGAUGUUCACCCGCAAGACCUGAAGAAUGGCGUCAUCAACGCAGCUUUCCUGUUGCUCUUCAAAGACCUGAUUAAGCUCUAUGCCUGCUACAACGACGGCAUCAUUAAUCUCUUAGAGAAGUUUUUCCAGAUGAAGAAGGGUCAGUGUAAGGAUGCCCUGGAGAUCUAUAAGAGAUUCUUGACACGGAUGACCAGAGUCUCAGAGUUCCUCAAAAUCGCAGAACAAGUAGGCAUUGACAAGAACGACAUACCCGAGCUAACACAGCUUCCGGAGAGCCUGCUGGAGUCUCUUGAAACUCACCUCAACACACUGGAGGGGAAGAAAGUAUCCCCCACCAAGAAGGUGUCUCCAACCAAUAACGGCUCGGCAGCGGGCACUCCGGUGAAGACGCUGGACACUCCGGUGGCUGCGUCGGGUGGAGCCAGCCCCACCACCGCCGGUCCUCCCGCCAGACCCGCGCCACCGGCCGCCGCCGCUGUCUCAGCGGCCGCCGCCGCCUCCGCUGCUGCUGCCUCCGCCUCCGCUGGUGGCUUGUCUAAUGACCUCGUGGACUUUGACCUGUUGGCUCCAGGAGGAAGUUCAGGACCUCCGACAUCCUCCUGGGGAGAUCUCUUGGGUGAGGACUCCCUGACUGCUCCUGCUGCCGCUAGCUCCGCUGAGCCUGCUACUGAUUCUGCCCCUGAUGCGGCUGCUCCGGCCAACGCUGCCGCCAACGGCCAAUCAGAAGGCGCCGCAGCCGCUGCUGCUCCCGCCUCUGCGGCAGUCGCCGCCCUGCCUGUACCCGCACCCACCACCUCCAUCUCCGACAUGGACCUGUUCGGAGACGCGUUUGCUCCCUCCCCCGGGGAAGGUCCGCCCACUGGGGGCGGCGCUCCAGUAGCUGCUGUUGAUGCAUGUGCCGGAUCUGACCCAUUCGCGCCAUCAGAAGGGAGUGCAGCCAUGGCCCCAGAGCUGGAUCUCUUUGCCAUGAAGCCAGUAGACAGCGGCGCCGCGUCGGCCACCAGCCCCACGGCGGGUGCGGAGCCCUUCUUGCCCUCCUCCAGUGCUGCUGAUGCUGAUGCCACUGCUGGUGCUGAUGCUGCUGCCACCUCCCCUGACGCUGUCAUCGUCACCGUCACCGCCGCUGCCACCUCCCCAGACACCGCUGCCCCCGCCCCCACCACCACCACCUCCACCACGGCCUCCGAAGCUGCCGCUACUGCUCCACCCGCCUCGGCUCCCACCCUAGAUCUUUUUGGUGGUCAAGAGGGGUCGUUCAACGAUUCAGACUCUGAAACUAAAUCUCCUACUGCAGAUAUGUUUGAUUCUAUGCCUGAGCAAACCUCCCCCUCAGCAUCCAAAGCAGACGCUACUCCUAGCAUAGGCUUAUUUGGUGCAGAUCUCCCAGCAGUUUCCCGUGGGCCCUCCCCACUCCCCCCUGAGGCUAAUGUGACUGGUGAUCUGCUGUCGGAUCUCUCCCCUGCGGCCCCUCCAGCAGCUUCAGUGGUUGGUGACCCCGCUGCAUCCUCUCCUCCCAAACCUGACACUGCGCCGGUCAUCGACCUCUUUGGGGACACACUUGCAGAUCUGCAGCCUAUCGCCCCCGCCGCUACAGGAGCUGACCUGCUAGGAGGCCUGAGUCCAUCGUUGGCCCCCGCUGAAGCACCUUCUCUGGCCCCCGCAUUGGCCCCGACCCCCUCCCUGACCCCAGCUCCAGCACCUACGAGUGCCCAGAAUGACCUGCUGGAGGCCACUGGGGACCUGCUAGCAUCCACAGAUGCUGCUCCCGCGCCAACAGCGCCCUCUGGAGGCUUUGAUCCCUCAGUGUUCGACGGAUUAGGGGAUCUGCUCAUGCCCACAAUCACGCCCCAGAGCACCGGAGGAACACCCAUGGCCCCUGCCACUCCGACGCCGUUAGCUCCCUUAGUGCCGCUGGUUCCAAUCGCACCACUAGCCGGAGUACCGCUAGUAGGGGCGCCGCUAGCAGGAGUAGCGCCGCUAGCAGGAGCCCCAUUAGUGCCUGCUGGAGCUCCGCUAGCCCCAGCCCCAGGUUCUGCUCCAGGCGCCCCAGCCACUGCAACCCCAGCUACCAAACCCAUCGGAGGAGACCUGGAAUCAUCCCUAGCAAACCUGGUUGGAAACUUGGGAGUUGGAGCCCAAAAGAAGGACCAGCAGUGGAGUGAGAAGAAGCUGACAGGCGGUGCUCACUGGACCCCCCAGGUCGCCCCGACCAGCUGGGGAGCCCCUGGGGCUCAGAUGCCUGGUGCCCCACCCACACCUCCAGCUGUAGGAGGCUUGCAGGGCUUUGUCAUGCCUGCAGUGGGGGCUCCUGGUGCUCCUAUGAUGGCCCCCAUGGGAGCUCCGAUGAUGGGACAGCCCAUGAUGAGACCUCCUUUCGCUGGAGCAGCCGCCGUUGCACCAGGGGCACCGCUGUCCCCUGGGCCUGCUGUCCAGAGCCCCAAGAAGCCAAAAGACCCCCUGGCUGACCUCAACCUCAAGGACUUCAUGUGAUCACCCAGAUUUUCUUCCUUUAGUCUGGAUUGGAGUGGAACACAUUUGCCUGGUCUUUACCGACAGCCCCCGGAACCCCCUCCACCCCCAAGAUGAAAGGAGCCCCCGACUGACCUUGCCACCCCCUUCCUCCCCCAACACACACACACACAUACACACACUCUCUCCUCAAUGCCCCUCAGCCUCUCCCCUGAUCUCUUAAAUGUGUAGCACAAAGUGUGAAGCUGUAGAAAGAUAGAAUAGAGAGAAUGAGAGAGAGAGAGAGACUAAGAGAGAGAGACUGAGAGAGAGAGACUGAGAGAGAGAGACAGAGAGAGAGAGACAGAGAGAGAGAGACAGAGAGAGAGAGACAGA